CAACCCUGUUAGGGGUAUCGAGUACAAGUGCAUGCCAACAACAAUGCGCGCAUUGUGCAUUUGUUUUUCGCUUAAAAACCCAUAAAAUAUACAAAUUGCACGUGCAAAACAGGAACAAUAAGCUUGAAAAGCACACGUACAUGUGAAUAAAAAUGUGCGCGUCGAAACGUUAGUAUUAAUAAGCGAAUGCAAACAAAAAGUGAAUCAGAACACGAAUGCACACACACUUACGCGACACACAUGCACAAACCAGCACACAUGUACAUACACCAGCAACCCGCGGCACCCGCGCGCUCUGAAACCAGAAAUAAGUGCAAGUGAAGCAGCAACAACGGCCACAAACAAACAAACAGCAGCAGCAGCAAUUGGUAAAAGCUGCAACAAAGCAGAAAGAAAGGGAACAAAGCGCGACAAGCGACAGCAACGAGAACGACAACGACAACAACAAGCAAAAGUGGAAGUGCAGCUCCACCCCCAAUUUGGUGUUGCAGUGGCGGCAGCAGCAACAAUAACGACAACAGCAGUCUCGCCAUGGCGCUGCUCUAGCAACGAUAAAAAAACAACAAUAACACCAACCGCACGCUUCGCUGCCCUCGCGACAAUUCAGACUUCGACGUCGUUGCGCUGCGUUUAAAAUCAUUAGCCUCCAAUUUAGUAGUUAUUUUCUGGCAGCGGCAGCAAGAGCAACAAGAAGCAAAUCGAAAUCAAAACAUUUAUUUAAUUUAUUUGUUCUUCUGUUCAAAAUGGAACUCAAAGUUUGGGUGGAAGGCAUACAGCGUAUUGUGUGCGGUGUGACUGUAAAUACAACCUGCCAGGAUGUGGUGUUUGCCUUGGCCCACGCAACGGGCAAAGUGGGUCGAUUUACGUUGAUCGAACGUUGGCGCAAUAAUGAGCGACACUUGGCCCCCAACGAAAAUCCAAUGAAGCUGCUACUUAAAUGGGGCGAGUAUGCAAAUGAUGUGCAGUUUAUAUUGCAGCGUUCCGAGAACAAACAGCAGGCAGCCCAACAACAGCAGCAACAACCACAGGCACAGUCACAACCACAGCAGCAGAUUAACAACAAUUAUGCUGUCAUGACGAAAAAACCACUGGGACCUAGCAACAACAACAACAACAAUGAGAGCAAAUUGCCACCUCCCACAUUGCAAAAGCAAAAGUCCAGCGUGGAGCUGAGCUAUCGUACAAAGGAGCUGAAGAAAAGUUUUGGCGGAUACGAUGCUAAACAAUUCGAUAAUAUUGGCAUAGUCAAAGGCAUUCCACAACAACAUCAGCAGUUGCAGCUGCAGCAGCAGACGCAGUCAAGCAAAGUGGCUCCGCUAGUGCCCAAGCAUGAGAAAUCUUUAUCGAAUCCAUUGGAAAUGAGUAGUAGCAGCAGUGCCAGUUGCAAUGCGGCCGCUUUAAAUGACUACAACGAUUUAUACAACAACAAUAGCAACAGCAAUGGUAACAACAAUACCAAUCAGCACAUCUACAGUCAGCUGAGCAAAUCCAGCAGUGAGCUUCGUCGCGCCAGUCCAAAUGAAAUAUGCUACAACAGCAACAAUGGUAGCCACAACAACAACAGCAAUAGUAACAGCAGCAAUGAGCAUUUAUGCGACAUUUAUGCCAAUAGCAACAUCAGCAACAAUAUUACUAACAACAACAACAACUCUCCAGAAUUAUACAAGCAAACACCAACGAUUUCAUCAAAUGGAGCACUGGUGCCACCACCAUAUCGCGAUCCACCUCCUCCACGUAACAGUCCCAUGUGCCAGACACAACGCUUGCCACUUAGCAGCAAUGCUGAGACCAUAUCCAAUGCAUCCUCUUCAACCAAUCCAUUUCUCAGCGACUACGAUCAACAUAACAUUAAUAACAACAAUAAUAAUAAUAAUAACAAUAGCGGCAACAACAGCGUUAAUCAGUGCAUGGAUGAGGGCGAAAGCAUGUUCCAGACGACGCAAUAUAAUGAUCUGUUACAGCUAAUCAAGUUUCAGCGCGAGAAAAUCACAGCACAGCAAUUGGAACUGCAAAAGUUUGAUACGGAAAUCGUUUACCUAGAAAGUAGGGAGCGGGAUCAUGCGCAUGAAUUGGAGGCCAUAUCACGCGAAAUAUCCAAGGCAGAUCAAAUCUUUCGUCAAGGCAGCGAACAGUUGCAAACCCUCCAAUAUGUGGAAGAGGAAAAUGAACUGGUUAAGCAGCAGGAGAAGACACUCAAAUCGGAAAUUGCACUGUUGCGCUCCAAACUGGCCAACUGUGAAACGGAACUACUGCAGUGUAAGAACAAAAUGAGAUUGCUGAUGGACGACAUCGAACUGGAGCAGCAACAGCAGAGCAACCGACAAACUGUGGAGCGUGAUUUUUUGAUGGAAAUGGAACGCAUUCAAAGCGAUAUCGAUCAGGCGUUGCACAAUACAGACUCAUCCAACAAAACAGCCGAUAGUCUAAAAAAAGAGCUAGUCAUGAUUGAGCAUGCUAUUGCGGACAAAAAGCGACAAGUGGAGCAACUUGUGAACGAAAUGAAGGAAGUGAAUUUGCAAAGUCUUACCGUAACUACCACUGAGGAAAUUAAACAUUUGCUGGAAGGACCUAAUAAACAGGGCAGCAGUCGCCGCAUCAUUGGCUCACCGCGUCAACUGGAAACGGCAGUGCCAACCAGCAAAAAUCCACAUGGCGUUUGGGUUUAAGCAAAACAUUAAAAAGCAACGAAGUAUUUUUCUAAAAAAAAAUUUAACUCUAUAAACAAUCUUGGGGAACAAAGACGAGGAAAUGAUUUACAUAUCUUGAAUGCAUAGAGUAGCAAAAUAGAAAUCGCAGAUUGAUGUGUACUUAAAAAUAUAUUUUAAUUUUCAAACACAGAAGUUUACAACGACACACGAAUGCAUAUUUUAUUCUUCCAAAAUACCUAAUGGAUCUCUCGAGCAAUGUUACAAAUUUAUAUACACCUUCACACAUUCUACUUUUAUUAACAAACUAGUGCAGAACUUUUUUUAGAUCUAAUAUUAUUCACUUGACUAGUUAAAUUUUGAUAUUAUAGGUAUCAAAUAUAAAUCACAAAAUCAUUCCACAAA